GUCCGGCAGCAGCCAUCAGCUCAAAGGUAGGCCAAGAUGGGCGCUUACAAGUACAUCCAGGAACUAUGGAGGAAGCAGCGGUCCGAUGUAAUGCGCUUUCUUCUCAGGGUGCGCUGCUGGCAGUACCGCCAGCUCUCUGCGCUCCACAGGGCUCCCCGCCCAACCCGGCCCGAUAAAGCACGCAGGCUGGGGUACAAGGCCAAGCAAGGUUAUGUCAUAUAUUGGAUUCGUGUGCAUCGUGGUGGCCGCAAACGCCCAGUUCCUAAGGGUGCUACCUACGGCAAGCCUGUCCAUCAUGGUGUUAACCAGCUAAAGUUUGCCCGAAGCCUUCAGUCUGUUGCAGAGGAGAGAGCUGGGCGCCACUGUGGGGCUCUGAGAGUCUUGAAUUCUUACUGGGUUGGCGAAGAUUCCACGUGCAAAUUCUUUGAGGUCAUCCUCAUUGAUCCAUUCCAUAAAGCUAUCAGAAGAAAUCCUGACACCCAGUGGAUCACCAAACCAGUCCACAAGCACAGGGAGAUGAGAGGGCUGACAUCUGCAGGCCGCAAGAGCCAUGGCCUUGGAAAAGGUCACAAGUUCCACCACACUAUUGGUGGUUCUCACCGCGCGGCAUGGAGAAGACACAAUACUCUCCAGCUCCACCGUUACCGCUAAUAUAAGUAAUAUUUGUAAAAAAUCUUACCUAAUAAACAAUUUAGGACAGUCAUGUCUGCUUAAAAGUGUUAUUUGUCUGUUAAAUUGAGUUGUCUGCACAUUGUUCCAUGAAUGCAUUGUCAAAUUAUGAAAGUUAAAGUGCAAUAAUGUUUGAAGACUUUAAGUGAUGGUGUAUCUUGUUUCUAAUAAGAUAAAUGCUUUUGUCUUUGCUUUAUCUUAUUAGGGAGUUUAUAUGUCAGUGUUUAAAAUGCUGUUUGGUAUAAUAGGUGUAAAAUAAAUUCUGUAAAAGUGGAA